GGCCACAAAAGUCAAGCUACAAACAUGCAAUAUAUAGAUUAGAACCAAGAAGCAAGCAAGAAGCAACCACUAUCUCUCUCAUAUUUUUUCAAGCAUGGGUACUGUGGAAGUAGGACCACUACACCCCAGCACCAGCACCAGCACCUUCUCAGCCACAAAAGAACACUUUGCCAUCGACAAAAACAACGACGACGAUGAUGAAUCGCCCAUCGAAGAAGUCCGACUAACCGUGACCAACACGGACGACCCAAACCUACCCGUAUGGACUUUCCGGAUGUGGUUCUUGGGCCUACUAUCAUGUGGCCUCCUAUCUUUCUUGAACCAAUUUUUCUCUUAUCGGACCGAACCACUUAUCAUAACCCAAAUCACCGUCCAAGUGGCCGUUCUACCUAUAGGCCACUUCUUGGCCGCCGUACUUCCGACGGCCAAGUUCAGAAUACCGGGGUUCGGAUCGAGACUGUUCUCUCUGAACCCGAGUCCUUUCAACAUGAAGGAGCAUGUCCUCAUCUCUAUCUUUGCUAAUGCUGGAAGUGCUUUUGGUAAUGGAUCAGCCUACGCCGUUAUGAUUAUUGACAUUAUCAAAGCAUUUUAUCGCCGGAAAAUUUCAUUUUUUGCCGGAUGGUUACUGAUCAUAACUACACAGGUGUUGGGGUACGGUUGGGCGGGGCUGUUGAGGAAAUAUGUGGUGGAGCCGGCACACAUGUGGUGGCCGAGCACUCUGGUUCAGGUCUCACUUUUCAGGGCUUUGCAUGAAAAGGAAGGGAGUGGGCAGCGCAUGUCAAGGGCAAAGUUCUUCCUCAUUGCAUUGAUUUGCAGCUUUUCCUGGUACUUGGUUCCCGGAUACCUCUUCUCAACACUAUCAACCAUCUCAUGGGUCUGCUGGGUAUUCUCCAAAUCCGUCACAGCCCAGCAACUCGGAUCAGGCAUGAGGGGCCUCGGACUUGGUGCUGUAACACUUGACUGGUCCGUCGUGGCAUCCUUCUUGUUCAGUCCACUCAUCUGCCCUUUCUUUGCCAUUGUCAAUGUCUUUUUGGGAUAUGCAAUGGUAAUCUAUGUAGUUAUGCCCAUAGGAUAUUGGGGGCUGGAUUUGUACGGUGCUCGUAGAUUUCCCAUUUUCUCCUCACACCUGUUUACAGCCCAAGGUCAGAGGUACAAUAUAUCAGCAAUUGUGAAUAACAAGUUUGAGCUAGAUUUGGUGCAGUAUGAGCAGCAAGGACGGUUACAUCUGAGCAUGUUUUUUGCUCUCACUUAUGGUUUUGGUUUUGCUACUGUUGCAUCUACUCUCACCCAUGUAGGCCUCUUCUAUGGAAGGGAAAUAUACGAUCGGUUCCGUGCUUCAUACAGGGGUAAAGAGGAUAUCCAUACAAAAUUGAUGAGAAAAUAUGACGACAUACCUUCCUGGUGGUUUUACAUUUUGCUUGGAGUGACAUUUGCAGUGUCUCUUGUACUCUGUAUCUUCUUGAACGAUCAAGUUCAGAUGCCAUGGUGGGGACUCCUCUUUGCUUGCGCCAUUGCCUUUAUUUUCACCCUUCCAAUCAGCAUCAUAACUGCCACAACAAACCAGACACCAGGAUUGAACAUAAUUACAGAGUAUGUCAUGGGCUUAAUAAUACCUGGAAGACCAAUAGCCAAUGUAUGCUUCAAAGUCUAUGGUUACAUGAGUAUGGCACAAGCUGUUUCCUUCCUCAGUGAUUUCAAGCUGGGACAUUACAUGAAGAUCCCUCCAAGAUCAAUGUUCAUAGUUCAGUUCAUAGGAACAGUUUUAGCAGGAACAAUCAACAUCGCUGUGGCAUGGUGGCUACUGAACUCAAUUGAGAACAUAUGCCAGGAUGAUCUCCUUCCACCUGACAGUCCUUGGACCUGCCCCGGUGAUCGGGUCUUCUUUGAUGCAUCAGUAAUAUGGGGUUUGGUAGGACCUAAACGGAUUUUUGGAAGUCUUGGAUACUAUAGUUCCAUGAACUGGUUCUUCCUUGGAGGUGCAUUGGGCCCAUUUGUAGUUUGGCUCUUCCACAAAGCAUUUCCCAAACAAGCUUGGAUUCCUCUGAUCAACCUUCCAGUCCUUCUGGGAGCGACUGCUAUGAUGCCGCCAGCAACUCCCCUGAAUUAUAAUGCCUGGAUCAUAGUUGGUACGAUUUUCAACUUCUUCGUCUUCCGCUACCGGAAGCAGUGGUGGCAGAGGUACAACUAUAUUCUUUCAGCAGCUCUAGAUGCAGGGGUGGCUUUCAUGGCAGUGCUGCUGUACUUCACAGUGGGCAUGGAGAACAAAGGAUUGACUUGGUGGGGUACAAAUGGCGAACACUGCAACUUGGCAACUUGUCCAACAGCCCAGGGCAUAAAUGUUGAUGGGUGUCCAGUGCACUAAUUAAGUAAUGCUUGUAUAUUUCAUACACGUUAUUAGUUCGAACUGUGAGAAUUGCACAGCAUAGAUAUAGCAAAAAGACGCUGUUUAUGCAAAAUAUUGCUUCAAUGAGGAUGUUGUGUAGUUCAUAUAUGUAUUGAACUUUGCUUAAACAAAAUGGAUUUUGCUAGACGUCAAACCCUUUUUUUCCCCCUUCUCUGUUUCUGGUCUCCUUUUCAAAUUCCAUGCUCCUACAACCAUGCUAAAUAUCUUCAGUACUAGCACAGAAACCGUCUCCUGAUGAUUCCAACCAAUGCCCUCUGAAGCACACGGGGCAAAUGUUCGCUUACUAUGGUUGUUCUUAUUAAUUUGGAAAUAGCAAUUUUGUCUACAUGAGACAAAUAAUCGGCAAAGAGAGAAUUCUUGAUCAUGUCAACUAGGCACAUGUAAAGAGCCAAAACGGAACACCAG